GAGAAGGUCCUUGCUUUCUUUCUUCAAGAAUACACGCCACGCCCGGCACAAUGUUUGUGAAGCCUCAAUGGCCUCGGCUGGAGGAGGAGCAGAUCAUGAUUCGAUCCAGUUCGCCUGGCCAGGCUGAGGCGCACUUGGUGCUGAUGAAGAUUCUUGCUGAGUGGAACUUCGAUCCGCCAUGGCCCAGUUGGAGAUCCUGGGAGCUGAUCUCGACAUUUGUGUUGGACCUGUCUCUUCAGCUGACUCUUCGUCUCUGGUGCACCUGGCGCCAAGGAGCCAUCUCGUGUCGACCAGCAUCUCCCGGGAGAAAGCUGCGGCAGGUUGAACUCAGCAUCUGGGAACAUCCGCACUGCCUGGAGGGUAGCCACAGAUUUCAGCCUUGGAACUGGUAGCCCGCUUGCCCAUUGUCCGCCGGGCCAGGCGAGACAGAGGCAGAACGUGGCUGCUCAACAUCUCCUCUGGAGAAAGCAUCCUGGAGUACCUGGAUGACCUUUGUUGAGGCACUGGAGGACCUGAGUUCUGAACCUGCCACAUUCACUUUCUUGCCUUGGAAGAGGAACUCACGGCUUGCUGCUCCAUCACGCUUUCCUUGGCCUGACCGCAGCAUGUCAAGCGGAAGUGUGGUUGCCACUUCAUUUCCAGACCUGUCUUAUGAUUGGCCAGUUAUGCUCAGCGUGAAACCGCAUGGCAGGGGCAAUUCUGCCCACCAGCCUUGGCAAGCCUGCCACCCCUCAUCGACACUGGAGCAGCUGACAGCCUCACGAGAAGAGAGCGGUUGAGAAAAGAACUGCAGUUGUUGCAAAUCAGGUUCAGGUUAGAGAUUUAAAGGUCAAGAGUCAAGAAACCAGGUUUUCCAAUCCCGAACUCCGUUUAUAUAUUCGAUGUGGAUCGUUGCAUCUUUGCCGAUCCAACUCUUGAUGUUGAUUCGCUCGAGAAUGUCAGUCAACUUC